GUCCAAGACUCUAAUUCAAAACUAUGCUUGCAAUAAGCGGCACACAAAAAAUUACAAAUUUUGUGAAAGCGUCUUAAUAAAUAAACAGAAAAUAUGUUGCAACUGUAAAAUUGUGAGUUUAAUGGUAAAGCAUUGCAAGAACACUAAUUAACAAUAUUAUAGCUGCAGAAAAAAAAUAUGGAGCUAGAGAGAAAUAUUAUAUAGUAAGAGGAGAUGAAAAUGGAGAGAGAAGGAAAAGACUUUCUAGGUGUAUUCGAUCCUUUAAUACUUAAGUGGCAUCUCUUCACCCUGUCUCUCUUUUCUCUUUCUUUGUUUGUUUUUCUCUCCCUAGCCAGCUCCUUAACAGUAACUCAACAAUCAAGAUUCAAGAGGAUCAGAUCCAUAGGAAGUUUAUCUGUCCAUCACCAAAACCGCGACUGAUCAGUCAAUCCCAUCAAUCAAAUCAAAUCAUCAGAAAGCAAACCAAAGGCAAAGCAAAGAAAAGGGAAUCAACAAAAAGAGGAACAACAUGUCAUCCUCAUCCACUUCCUUUUCACCGGACCAACACCUCUCUCCCUCCGACCAGCUCUGCUAUGUUCAUUGCAACUUCUGUGACACUGUCCUCGCGGUGAGUGUUCCUUGCACCAGUUUGUUCAAGACUGUCACUGUGAGAUGUGGUCAUUGCACCAACCUUCUCUCAGUCAACAUGCGUGGACUGCUUCUUCCUGCUACCAAUCAGCUUCACCUUGGCCACUCCUUCUUCACUCCUCAAAAUCUUCUGGAGGAGAUUCGAAAUGCACCUUCAACAAACAUGAUGAUGAACCAGCUGCCAAACCCUAAUAAUUUGGUCAUGAGCACCAUGAGAGGAGGGCCUGAAGAAACCCCUAAGCCUCCAUCAGCUAAUAGACCUCCAGAGAAGAGACAGAGAGUUCCAUCUGCUUACAACCGCUUCAUCAAGGAUGAGAUCCAACGUAUCAAAGCUGGGAAUCCUGAUAUAAGCCACAGAGAGGCUUUUAGUGCAGCUGCAAAGAAUUGGGCCCAUUUUCCACACAUUCAUUUCGGACUUAUGCCUGAUCAUCAACCCGUGAAGAAAGCUAAUGUUCGUCAGGAAGCAGAGGACGUGCUUAUGAAAGAUGGGUUUUUCGCACCCACUAAUGUAGGCGUCUCUCCCUACUAGAGGUGUUUAUUGAAGGGCUUUGAGUGUUACUCAUAUGUCUCUAAUUAAGUAGCUGUACCAGGACUUUGUCUUAUGCAUAUUAAUGUUGUGCCCUUGUGUUAGUACUUCUUAGUAUUAAAAAGUUGUUAGUUUAUGUUACAAGCAAUGGUGGGAGGGGAUUCUGUCGAAGCUAGCAGAUUAGUUCUUCUGAAAAUGAAGAUGGUUUAUUUUCUGUUGAACUGGUCCCAGAAUGAAUAUGGGUGAAUUUGGAAUGUAGAAAGCUAAAGUUACAAUAUUUUUAAGUGUUUUUUUGUAUUCUAA